AUGUUAAAUCAACGUAUUUUACAAAAUAAAACAAAAUUAAGCAAUGUAAUAUCAUAUGAUGACCUAUAUCAGCUUAAUUUAGAAAUUAAAAUGUUAUUAGAAGAAAAUAACAGACGAGUGAUUAAGUUGCGAGAGGAAAGCAUUUGUUUUUCGCAAGAUAAAAUUAAUUGGACAGAACAAAACAGUUUGGUAGAAUCUACCGCAAAUGAAGCUGGCAACAUAGCUCCACUUACUCAAUUAGAAAUUGAUGUUAUUACUGCGGAAGUACUGAGAGAGCUACCCGACGAGGCAUUGGAACAUUUGUUCCUUAGGCUUGGAAAGUCGCGGAGAAUAGCGCAGGCUAAUAAUCAUGAUCGUAUCAAGAUAUGUUUUUGUACGGACUUAGAUAAAUCUGUGUUAAUUAAUAAUUUUGAAAAACGUGGUUGGACCCAAGUGGGUGCUGACGAUGACUGGAAUUUUUAUUGGGCAGGAGUGCAAACAUGUAGAAAUAUUUUUAGUGUUGAUAGUGGAUACAGGAUGCAUGACAAUCAAUUAAUAAAUCAUUUUCCAAAUCAUUAUGAGCUGUCCAGAAAAGAUUUAUUAGUCAAAAAUAUAAAAAGGUACAGGAAAGAUUUGGAACGGGAUGGAAGUGCAUUAGCUGAAAAAGUUGAGCCACGAGAGUGUGGGGGAUCCAAAUAUCUUUAUUUAGAUUUCAUUCCAGUAACUUUUAUUUUACCAGCAGAUUACAACAUGUUCGUAGAAGAAUAUCGUAAAAAUCCACAAAGUACGUGGAUAAUGAAACCAUGUGGAAAGUCGCAAGGAGCUGGAAUCUUUUUAAUAAAUAAAUUGUCAAAAUUGAAAAAGUGGUCAAGAGAAGCAAAAGGAUCAUUUCACCCACAAAUUUCUAAAGAGAGUUACGUUAUAUCGAGAUAUAUUGAUAACCCACUUCUAAUUGGAGGAAAAAAAUUUGACCUUCGGUUAUAUGUACUUGUAACAUCAUUUAGACCACUUAAAGCUUAUCUUUAUAAAUUAGGGUUUUGCCGAUUUUGUACAGUUAAAUAUGACACAAGCGUAACUGAGCUGGAUAAUAUGUAUGUACAUCUUACAAAUGUUAGCGUUCAAAAACAUGGGGGCGAAUAUAAUAGUUUGCAUGGUGGAAAAUGGUCCGUUCAAAAUUUACGACUGUACUUAGAAGGUACAAGAGGAAAAGAUGUUACUGAUCGCUUGUUUGGAGCUAUUUCUUGGCUUAUAGUGCAUUCAUUGCGUGCAGUGGCACCUGUAAUGGCCAGUGAUCGGCAUUGCUUUGAGUGUUAUGGUUAUGACAUAAUUAUCGAUAAUAACUUAAAACCUUGGUUAGUUGAAGUAAAUGCAUCGCCAUCACUAACUUCUACAACUGUAAAUGACCGAAUUUUGAAGUAUAAACUAAUUGAUAAUAUUUUAUCUGUGGUUUUGCCACCAGACGGUAUUCCUGAGUAA